UAUAUGUCAUACAGAAAAACACUUAUUUAUGUCUGGAACAGUAUUUACAAGAGAAAGUUCAGUAGCUCAGGGGCCGACGGAGCAGAUGUCCUUGGGGGUCUAGGUAGUGGCGCAGGAAAAGGUGGUGGGGCCGGAGGAACGAUCAGGGAGGCUGGUGGAUCCUUGGGAAAGUACGGGGCGGCUAAAGAGGAAGAAUAUUUCUAUAGGAAGCAGAGGGACCAGUUAGAAGAAUUGAAUAAGCAGUUGGAAAAAAGAAAGCAGGUUUGUAAACAUGCAGAGAGUGUAGAACAUAUGGACGAUAUUAUCCAGAAGAACCGAAAGCGAAUUGCUCGACUUGAGAAAUGUCUCCGCAAGAAAUAA